AUGGCCGAGAGCUUCCGCGCCGAAGCCUCCUGCCCCAUCUGCCUGGGGCUGUUCCAGGAUCCCGUGUCCAUCCAUUGCGGCCACAACUUCUGCCGCGGCUGCAUCUCCCGGCGCUGGGAAGGCGCCGGGAGCCCCUUCUCCUGCCCGCGGUGCCGGGAAACGGCUCCGCACGGGAAUCUGCGGCCCAACCGGGAGCUGGCCAAGGUCAUCGCGGUGGCCCAGCGGCUGAGCCUCCGCGGGAACGGCCACCGGCAAUGCGGGAAGCACCGGGAAGCGCUGAAGCUCUUCUGCGAGCGGGAGCGGGUGCCCAUCUGCUUGGAAUGCAGGGAAUCGCCGGGACACCGGGAUCACGCCGUGGUCCCCAUCGAGGAGGCGGCCGAGGAGUACAAGGAGAAGCUCCAGGCCCAUGUGCAAGUCCUGAAGGACAGGAGGGAAAAACUGCUGGGACUGAAAGCAUCCGAGGAAGGGAAAAGCCUGGAUCUCCUCGAGCGGGUGGAAGCGGAGAGGCGGAAGGUCACGUCGGGAAUUGCGGAGCUCCGGCAGCUCUUGGAGGACCAGGAGCGGCUCCUCCUGGAGCGGCUGGCGGAGCUGGAUCGGGAUAUCGUGAGGAAGCGGGAGGAGAACGCGGAGCGGCUCUCCCAGGAGGUCGCAUCCAUCGGCAAGGACAUUGCGGAGCUGGAAGGGAAGUGCCAGCAGCCGGCAUGGGAAUUCCUGCAGGUGGGAGCUUGGGGACCACCCUUGACCAAGAGCAUCGCUGGUGCCACCAGCCGCGUGGUCAUGUUGACCAUCACGAUUGACGAGGAGGAGAUCCCAAAGCCAGAGCUGGGAGAGAAACCCCUGGAUUGCCUUGGGAAAAACGCCGCGCUCAAGGAGACGCUGCUGAAAUUCCAAGUGAGCGUCACCCUGGAUCCGGACACGGCCGGCGACGCUUGGGCCAUCGGGGUGGCCAAGGAGUCCGUGCGCAGGAAGGGCCGGCUCAGCGUCAACCCGGGCUCGGGCAUCUGGGCCGUGGGGCAGUGCGGGAGCCGCUACCAGGCGCUCGCUGUCCCCAGCGUCCCCAUCAAGCUGCUCGCUGUCCCCAAGGCCAUCGGCGUCUACCUGGACUACGAGGCCGGGCGAGUGGCCUUCUUCGAUGCCACCAACGGGGCGCCCAUGUUCGCCUACCCGCCGGCCGCCUUCGGGGGCGAGCGGAUGCUCCCGUUGCUCUGUUUGGGCAGGGGGUGCCGGUUCACGCUGUCCCCGUGA